UAUCAUGCAUGGUGCAUAAGGCAGCCUAUGUGUACUCUUUCAUCGCUCUUAAUCACUCGCACCCCAAACCGUUUGCCGAUACAAGUUCAGAACAAAAAGCGCUGGACCGGCAGCCAGCCCCGGUCCCGAUCAAAAUAGCCGCGGUCCCCACGCAGAUGGCCCGUCGUUAUUCCAAGUUCAAUGCAUCGUGAUCAAGCCACAAAAAGAUCGGAACAUAGUCAACAGCCCCAUUUGCCAUUUAGGAUGCCCUCUUUCACUAUACCCUUGUUGCUACUCGGAGCCCUCCCACUUAUUCUACUCUAUAUACCAACUUUAACUGAACCGUAUGCCCUUUGGGACCCAAAAGUUCUGAAUAGUCGUAACGCAUCUGAUGGAAGAAUUAAAGCAUGGUGUAACAUGGGCUGGUGGAAGAACACGGAUAUCUUCCCAGAAGCGGCUGAAGCGCUUGCCGGAAAGUUAUUAGGACUGGCUCAAGAAGGAGGGUAUCAGGGUGGUGGAAGUGUGCUUGAUAUCGGACACGGCGCCGGAGAAUCACUACUGUUACACCUUUCUCAAGAAAAUCCACCCAGUCAACUCCAUGCGUUGACAUCGCUUUCGUCUGAUACUGCCGUUGCCAAAGCCGUGGUUGAAUCUGCGUACCCCGACACAUCGACUCAUAUCAAGUUUUACACCUUUUCUGCCCAAUUCCGACCAGGAAAAGACGUAGGGCACCCUCUGGAUCCCAUGAGAGGCUUCCUUGGGGAGCAGUCAAGUCAGCGCUUCUUCGAGGAAGACCAAAGUGCAGGAGGAGAAGAAUGGGCUGACGAGCCACUGGAAGACAAAUCUCAGUCGUCCUCCAAGUAUGACUUGGUUUACAUCCUUGACUCAAUCUAUCAUUACCCUCCCUCACUCCCCUCAUUCUUGGCUUCUCUUCGCUGUGCCCUGCAUAGUUCAAGCUUGGUCGUCUACACUGACAUCCUUCCCCCACCGAAUCUCUCUAAAAUCAACGCAUACCUAUUAUCGCGCUUACUUUCCGUGCCCAUGCCGAAUCUUAGCUCCCGGCCGAGAAACUUGGAAGAGUACAAGGCCCAGCUGGGAACUCAAGGUUGGGAGGAUGUGGUGGUAGAAGACUGGAGCGACGGUGUAUGGGAUGGGUUUUCCAACAACUUGAAGGCCCGAGGACAUGUGUGGUCACUUGUGGGGAAAGGAAUAAAGGCUGCUGAGGAGAAUGGAUGGAAAUUCAUCGGUGUGCGAGCUAGGAAAGGGGGCAACGUGCACAUUGAGGCGUAAAUAUGCAUUUCAUACAAUGGCAGGGGUUGUAAUGCUAUAGAUCGGAC